GCAUCACAAAGUAUUUAACUUUUAGCUUUAUUCAGCUGUACUAAAAACCAUUAAAAAGCUAUGGAUCGAAGUGCCUGGAAUGGAAAAUUCAAAAUGACCGAACAAAGAAACGUGGAGGAGUUUCUCGGAAAACUAGGAGUCCCGGCAGCACAAAUUCAGGCCAUCAAAGCGAUGGAACUGACGAAUGAGAUCACAAGCGCUGGAGAUGAUUACACGAUGAAGCAGACCAGUGGGGGCAAGGAAAACAUCAUGAAAGUCACUCUGGACAAAGAAUCCACCGUGCAAACUUUGGAUGCAAUGGUGUUGAAGGGUGUCGUGACAAUUGACGCAAAUAACGAGAUGUGGGGAAAAUACGAAGGUGGGAUCGUGGAGCACAUGGUUAUAGACAAAGACGGUGUCAUAACUGAUAAAAUUACAAAAGAUGGAACCUGUCUUGUGAGACUGUUCAAGAGAUGUUGAAAUAUUAUUCUAUUAGAAUUCAUGACGUCAUCAAUUUCACGAUUUCUCUAGAACUGAAAACUCAAUUAUAUAUUGUAUUUUGCAUGCUUUUACUACUAGUUAUAAAAAUUAUAUGUCAUUGGAAAAUCUCGAAUCUCCAUUUUGUUGUAACUGUUUUAGAAUAUCAUAACAUUGUUAACGAAAUCGUUUUUAAUAUAUCGUGUAAAUCAACAAGAUCA